GGCACCGCGUCAUCCCACCACCGAGCAUCACUCCAAAAUCCACCGCGACCUCACCAAUUCCUCACUCGUUAGCCAUCACCUCGCUCUCGACACAACACCUACGUCAUACGUCUUACCCGGUCACCGCACAACCGAUUACCCGCUCGAUACAACCAACAAUCCUCACCUUCUCCCGGGGCAGCAGCCAACCCGCCCACCGCACAAUGUCGCGCAUCUCCUCGCUGGGCCUGCACACACCGACCGCGCUGCAAUAUUGCAUCACGGAAAAGAUCCUCGCGGACCCGCCAGAACCAGACUCGUACACGUGGACCGCUGGGCUGCCGCACGAGGAAAUUCUGGUCACCAAACGGGCCGUCAUCUGGUCGCAGGGCGGUGUAAUCCGCCGUGUGUUCCAGUACGGCGUCGAAAAGGAACUGGUCGUCCAGGCUGUCAUCACUUGGUUCCCGUCGGAUGAUCCGCUCGACGCCGUCGGUGCGGGUGCCAACGCCAAUGGCGACGACGAUGCGGACGGCGAGGGCUACGUGAGCGGCGGCGGGUCGGAGGGAAAUAAGAGGAAGCCCGACUGGAGUGAUGAUAUCAAGGCGAAGAAGCGACUCAGCACGUGGAAUUCGAAGACGAGAUCGUACGCGACGCAGCUGGGGAAUUUUCCGAAGGCGCACCAAGCGAACGGUGGACCUAGAGGGCCCGAGACUGUUUCUGAAGACCCAGAGCACAAACAGGUACAGCUUGGCCGGGCGAGAGCGCUGGUGGUGUUCCUGAAGACACAGGCUUUCGUGUAUUUUCUGUCUGGCACAAUGCAUAUUAUCCAUCUGCCUUUCGAGAUACAGCAUGCUAUGCCGGCGCCGCAUGGCUUGAUACUACAGCGAAAGCAUGAACGACCCCCAAUGCCCAUGCCGUUUGCGACUGGUAACUCGUUCACCAAACGGCCUCCGGCCCCAAUCAAGGACCUGCCUAGUCUAUUCACUUUGACUGAUCCGUUGUCCGAGCCCGGCCUGGUCAUGAGCACAGCGAGCACGCCCUGUUCAGAAGGACUCCUCUACAUUUCACCAUCUUCAGAAUUCGACACGGCAGAUUCCUCCACCAAUCUAUCCGGCCCCGAGGUCAUAUUUGCGGUGACAUAUAACCACGAGCGAAGUGCGAUCACCGUCUGGCAAGUGCGCUAUGUUCCGCAGGACAAGCCGGUACAUCCGCAGCGGCGGACGCCAUCGACAUCAGGAACCAUGACUGCACGCCGGCGGUCUUCUUUCGGGCCCGGAACCGGUGCUACAACACCCGUCGCAAGUGCGUCAAGCACGACGUUAGGUGGCACGGGGAAAUCUGGGCGGGAAUCUCUAGCCACGAGUGAAGUGUCAUCUCUGAACGUACUGGGUGAAGAUUUCGAGACUGUUGGUGGAAGACGCGCGUCCCGGCGUGUUUCGUCAAUGAUGGCUCGCGCAGACUUGUCGGUGAACCAAGACCCGGGCCACCGCUUCUCGGACGUUUCGACCUCUAUUGGGACUUCUUUCGGAGCUCCGCCAGUGCCGCAGAAUACCAUGAUCCUGGACGACCAGCCCGUGGAUGAACUCCUCAAUGAGCUCAACAUGGGCUCGUUGGGAAUCGGUAUGGACGACUUGGGGAAUUACGAUGGCGAGGGCCUCAAGCAAGAAGUUGUUAUGCACAAGCUGGAGAGCUUCCCUUCGAAGCUCCCCGAGGAGAAGAAUCAGCCUGGUCUCGAUCCAUCAUCACGGGUUUUCACCUUGCGUGAUCCGGCAGCUGUCGGCGCAGCCACUUUCACAGGAAAGGAGGUGCCGGGAAAGAAAGUUGUUCUCUUCAUGAUGAACAAAAACGAGGGAAGCCUGUUACAAAUAACCUUCAAUAUCCAGAUUCAUUCCACCGGGCCAAAAGGAUAUGCUCGGAGGUCAAGUACUAGAUUUACAGCUACCGCGAUGGGCUACACUGCCGUAAUGACAGAUAUGCAGAAGCGGGAGGAUGUCCGCGACGCGAUCAGGGUGCAGCAUUGCGGCGUGCAGCGAGUCCUUAUUCUCACGGAUGAAGGCAAGUUCAUCCUGUACUCGCCGUGGAGUGGCGCCAUGGACAUCACUCUCCCUCCGACACUAGCCCGAUGGAACCCGAACGUUGUGGGAGAAGACGGAAGCCGACGCGGUAGCCGAAAGAAGGAGUGGGCGAGGAUGCUGAGCACAACGCCUGACACGUACCGACGACUUGAAUAUGCAGACCUCGAUGGAAGAUUAACGGUAGUCGAUGGUGAUGGAGUUAGCCACAGGAUCUCAAUCACACUAGCACCUCGGGGAAUCGCUACAAAGUCCUGCUUGGAAACCCUGCGCAUCCUCUUGGGCGGCUCACUGGGUCCGCGGGUGGGCGAGGGGAUUCUUUCCGCCUGGAUGGCAGUCGCGAGAUGGUUGCAGAUUUCCUCCGAUCCCGAGGCGGGGCUUUCACAAGACGUUAAAGGACUGCUUCCUCCCGACGAAUGGAAAGCGUUCGUCGUCACGCUGUUUCUCCUCGGCGUCCCGCUUCUUCCAGAGCCAAAGCCACAACCUCGUAGGAAGAGCGGCUUUGCGAGGAGCUCGUCGAUCGUUGCUGAACGCGAUUGGGAGGACCUGGCUUGCCACGAGGGGGAAUGGGGCAGCGCCCCGGAAUACCUGAGAGGCUCGGCGUGGCACUGGAUGGUCGAAGAACAGGAUACUAAGGCUCUGAAGCAGACGCAACAGCCGUCGUCGAAAUCGAGAGGUGGCUUCGGUGCUGCUUCGGAAGGGCGCUUGACCAAUAAGUUCAUCACGGACUGUAUUCACCAAGCCCGGCAGUUCAGAAAAUCAAAGGGCGGAGAUAUCGAUGCUGAGAUUUUUGGUGGUGCGAAUAAUCUGCCGGAAGUUCGUAGAACCGGGUUGGCUGUAGCCUUGGUUUCGCUUCAUCUGUUGAGAGAGGAGUGGAAGCUGGAUAUUGCGAUGGAAGGGGCUGGUCGACGGCUUUGUCCUGUCCUCAGGCAAAUCGCGACUUGGUUGGGAUGGUCGUGGGCGGACAACUAUAUGCUGGAAGAUGUCGAGAUGGUGGGAUGGGCCUAUGAUGAGUCCCGGAUAACCAUGAUUGAAGUUCCACAGGAACCGUUCCGGCCCCCCGAUAUCUACGAAUGGGUGAUGGCCUGCUUGAAGGGAGAAUCUCCUGCUCCUUUCACGGUUUUGCAGGAUAUCGUCGCCCCAUCAGGGUCAAUACCUUCAAACAGCCAGGGCUCACAGCGAUCGCGAAAUCCGUUCUCGCCACCUCCUGCCCCGCCACCCCCGACUGUGCAAAAGCCUGUUUUCGCCAAGAUCAUGCCGAGGACUCACAUGAGCACGGCGUUGUACACUACCAUUGCGACUCCGGGAGCUACGGACGUUGACGUGAUCGAGAAGAUGGUGGCGUUGGGGUUCACGUUAGCGAGUCUUCAACGAUUGCCUGAAGGAAUCGGUAUUCCCCUGCGAGAAGCCAUAGCACGGUGCCAGGAACAACCACCGACCACUUGGGGUGUAGAAGCUCUGGAUCUCGUGGGACGAAAAGACCUAAGAAUGCUCAUCGAACCCGGAAAGCGACGGAGAACAGAAACGAAAUGGCAGAGCAUACCCACUCAUGAAGCCGUGAGGGAUGUCCACACCAUAUGUAACUCUGCAUUAGACCUUGAAACCAUCGGCAGUUAUGAUCCGAUGGCCGAGCAAGAUCGACAGCACAUUGCAAGGCUUCUGUUCAAGGAGGACCGACGGAUUUACGAAGCUGCAAAGCUGCUGCAGACGAACAGGCCGUCUUAUGCUAAGUGCAUCCCAGAGCAUCAUUGGAGUGAGCAAGACACUUUGGAAAAUUACAAAGAUGUUGCCGCCCGUGUCGCCAUGCGUACUCUAGCUGUACCCGCGGGACGUGGUCUUUUCAAUUUCUCUGCGCGCGUGCCGCUGCUUACUGAGAGGUUCCCCAUACCCGGUUUCAAUCUGAGUUGCGUCGUCAAGCCAUCGAACCAGACGGUUUCCGCGGACAAGGGUCUCUUUACGGAAGAGAAAGUCUGCUGGGCCUUCUUCCAUUCGGGAGUGGCGUCGGGAGUCAGUAUUUCGCGCGAGGCGAAGGAGAUUGACACUUCUUGGAUAGUUUUCAAUAAGCCGCCGGAGCUCACGAACCGUCACGCUGGAUUUCUGCUUGGCUUGGGAUUGAAUGGUCAUUUGAGGAACAUUGCGAAGUGGCACGCCUAUAAUUACUUGACGCCUAAGCAUACCAUGGUUUCCAUUGGUCUGCUCUUGGGAAUUUCCGCUAGUUUCCUGGGUACUAUGGACGCAACCAUCACUCGGCUGCUGUCGGUCCAUGUCACUCGCUUGCUUCCACCGGGAAGUGCGGACUUGAACAUAACACCGCUUACCCAAACCGCUGGUAUAAUGGGUGUUGGACUGCUGUACGCUAAUACUCAGCAUCGACGGAUGACGGAGGUUAUGUUGAGCGAGAUCGAACACGUCGAGAUAUAUGAUUCCUGUGUUCCUACGGAUAAUCUCCGGGACGAAGGAUAUCGUCUCGCCGCCGGGUUCGCUCUCGGACUGAUCAAUCUGGGAUGUGGAACGGAUCUGAGAGGUCUUCAUGACAUGCAACUCGUCGAACGUCUCCUCGCGGUGGCUGUCGGUCCUAAAAAGGUAUCGUUAGUUCACGUUAUUGACAAGGCUUGUGCCGGUGCUAUCAUUGCCCUAGCUUUGGUCUACCUAAAGACGGGAGACGAGUCAGUGGCUGCGAAACUGGACGUUCCUGAAAUGCCACACCUAUUGGAAUACGUUCGGCCUGAUCUUUUCCUGAUCCGCACGCUGGCAAAGCACCUGAUCAUGUGGAAAAAGAUUGAAGGAACAUUUGCCUGGAUCGAGAACAACCUCAGGCCUUUCCACAGGAAGAAUUUCAAGUUGGGAUCGAUUAGGCAUCUGGAUAGCGAGGACCUUGCGUUCUAUAAUAUCUUGGCGGGCCUGUGCUUCGCGAUUGGACUCAAGUAUGCGGGAAGUGGGGAUACGAACGUGAGGGAUGUACUGAUCCACUACUUGGACCAGUUCAUCAGGUUGUGUUCUUUACCAGCCCAGAACCACGAUCAGAAACUCACCAGGACUACCGUUCGCAACUGUCAAGACCUGCUCGGCCUCUCUGUGGCCACGGUUAUGGCUGGUACCGGCGACAUUGUGACGUUCCGUCGUUUCCGCAAGCUGCACGGCCGCACCGAAGCCGAUGUGCCGUACGGUUCACACCUCGCGGCCCACACAGCAAUCGGGGUGCUAUUCCUUGGCAGCGGCUCCUUCACCUUUGGAACCUCCAACAUCGCGAUCGCCGCGCUCGUGUGCGCUUUCUACCCGCUAUUCCCCUCCGCCCCUCUGGACAACAAGUGCCACCUCCAAGCCUUCCGGCACUUCUGGGUGUUAGCCGUCGAGCACCGCUGCAUCAUCCCACGCGACGUCGACACCUUCCACCCGACGAAGAUCCCGAUCACGAUCACGCUCAAGGACGGCGCCGAACUGCAGCGCAUCGCGCCAUGCAUGCUCCCCGAACUAAGCCUGAUCUCCAACAUCUCGACCACCAGCCCAGAGCACUGGACUGUAAUCCUUGACUUCGAGAACUCAGCCGCGCACCGCGCCGGCUUCGAGCGCAGCCAGAGCAUCUUCGUGCACCGCCGUAGCGCGCACGCAAGCCAGUCGACGGUUUUCCAGGCAGCGCUGCAGGCCCUCGAGGACGUCGAGAACCACAAGGCGCCCAUGGAGUGGGUCGGACGGCUGAACGCCUUCGCCGGGCUGGAUAGGGCCGAGAAGGCACUGUUCAUACGCGAGGGCGCGCAUGGCGGCGGCGAGAGCGUCGAUGAGAGGCUAGAACUCGAGUAUGCUCUCAAGAGCGCGAAUAAUCGCUGCAGGCUCAUGGGUGUUGCGGUUGUGACGGCGAGGAAGGAGGGGCAGGGCGGGCUGUGGAUCUCCGAUGAGACUGUGGAGAAUCUGCGCGCGGGUGUGUGGAUGAAAGGUGCGUAGUCGGGUUUGUCGAGUGAGGCGUUGGGGGUGAGGCGUUCCGCAUUGUUUGAAUGGGGGGGUGCAUUUGCUCUUGGCUCUUUUCUCUUUGCUCUGCUUGAAUGAUAAUCUACGGUUGUUGUGCUGUACUCUAGUUGCACUGUUCUUUUUUUUGUUUAAACGUGAUGAUACCUCUGAUCUGAUCUGUACGAUACCCAAGUACUUCCUAUCGGCAUGGAUUUGUCAUAUCGGACGAGUGCCUGCUCAUGAAGACCUCAUGCCACCAUGCCAUCAUGCCAUCAUAGACUAGCUACGCAUAGACCCGUC